CCGUACCCGCGCCCAGCGCCAUGCUCCACAUGUUUUUCCGUGCAACCACAGAGACACGAGUGACAGAAAAUGGCGACUAAUGACUCUAAAUCUGGGAUAAAACUGUCGAGUAGAACUGAUUGCGUUGUAUCUUUCAGUGACCCCGUACGAGACGCUUCCGAAGCAACUUCUGCGAAUCGCUAUCAUGAGACUCAAAACCCGCAGGGCAUAGUUGAUCUGUGUAUGUCUCAGAACACCCUCAUAUCUGAUCUCAUUCUUGACAAGUUACAACAGCCCGAGUUGCUGAAAUGGGACGAGACGAUGCUGACAUAUACCGAGAGGAAAGGGACGAAGAGACUGCGAGUUGCCAUAGCAACCUACUUAGAAGACCAGACUGGCUCGCCUCAGAAGAUAGACCCGGAUAUGAUGUGUUGUAUGAAUGGAGUUACUGGAGUGAUGAAUCUACUCACUUAUGUCUUGUUUGAUGAAGGAGAUACCGUGCUGUGCCCAGCCCCUUUCUAUUAUUCCAUUCCAAGAGAUAUCAUGUACAUCUCCAAAGUCAAAACCUACCCUGUUCCUCUCAGCAGCAAGCCGGGCGCUAAUGGAUUGAAAGCCUUUGAGUUGACAGUGGACCACCUUGAGAAGGGCCUUCAGAAAGCAAGAGAAGAGGGUCACCGUGUUCGUGGGGUCUUUCUUGUGAAUCCGAGCAAUCCGCUGGGACUGGUCUAUACUAAGGAACAGGUCCAGGCCUAUCUAGCAUUCUGCAAGAAGUACAGCCUGCAUGUUAUCAUGGAUGAGAUUUAUCAAUGCAGUAACCAUGAUGAAUCAACAGCUAACUCAAGUGUACUAGGACUCCCUCUAGUGGCCGUGCCUGACCCACAGAGGACUCAUAUGUUGUAUGGCUUCAGCAAGGACUUUGGUAUUCCUGGAUCUCCAUUAGGUGUCCUACACACCUGGAACCAGGAUGUCCUUGAGAGAUGUGUUAGUCUGAAUGACUAUCAGCAAGCAUCCAGCUUCAUCCAAUCAGCCGCCGCUAAGAUGCUAGAAGAUAAAGAUUGGUUGAGGCGUACCUACUUCCCUACUAACCUCUCACGAAUAAGAGAUGCAUGUCGGAUUACCAUGGAAACCCUGGAUGAGAUAGGAGCUUCAUACUUCAGACCUCAGGCUGGUCUCUUCAUAUGGGCGAACCUUGGCAAGUUCCUCUCGCAGGACACUGAGGAGGGGGAGAAGCGCCUUACAUUCCACCUCUUGAAGGGUGGGGUUGGUUUGUCGCCCUCUGCUGGUUACUGUGGGGGAGAGUACGGCUGGUAUCGGAUAAUGUUUGCUGUACCAAGACAUAGAUUAACGGAAGGUCUACGCAGAUUGAAAGAGUCCUGCCUGUCAUUCAGUACUGCACCAUGAUAGGCAGAAGGAAAGGGAAUCUCUUUUGGCUUCAUCAGGGUACACUAGUCCUGUCAUUUUUAGGCUCGGUGUAAAAAUGUCUAGAGGUAAAAAAUAUAAAAACAUAAGCAUGUUUAAUACAGGUUGAAUAAAUGUAAUGGUUGUAUAUUAUGCUUAUCGAGAAAGAAUAACGAAGGAUUCUCUGCAGUCAUUAAUUCAGCGAUGCCUUGUUUUCUUCUUUCUUUAACUUUUAUCUACUUUUAUUUACACAUUGUAUUAUCUUCAGGACAUGUACAAAUUAGUACAAUCCAUUGAUACACAGUCAUUUAUGAAAUAUACAUUAUGAUAUGGAAGAAGGGAAUAUAAUAGACUAACCCAGUAACUAACGUCUCAACAUUUUGUGUGAUAAAGUGCCGAGAUAUUACGACGCCACUGAUUUUUACCCCGUCAUUUUGUUGUACCUCAGACCUUUUUUUUAAUUACCUCUGACAUUUUUACCUCUGACAUUAUUACCUCUGACAUUUUCAGCAAGUAUAUCAAGCUAUUAAAUAUCUGUACAUUUUCAUGAAUUUGCUCUUUUUUAUGAAACUGUACCAUUUUGCUUUGCUUUAUUAUUUGUUUGCUCUUUUCUGUAGUCUAUAAUUUCUUCUAUUUUUCUCUAUGAUUAUUCAUUUGUUACUUUUUAAAUGUAAUUUGGUAAUUUGUUAAUUAUUUGCGGUAGUUCAGAAGUCUAUCCAAAAUUUGACCCAUAACUCUGGCGUGGAGAUACCCUACUAAAACAUACCAAAAAUGAAGUAAAUAUUCAUCAAAUGUCCAAAUAAAGGUCAUGAUCUAAAAGUCGAUAUGUUUGUUACCUGUUUUGUGUCAAUUUUCUUAUCUUUUUCAGAGUAUUUUUCCUAAAAAGGAAGACUUAUAAUCUGCACUUUCUCACAGGAUUUACGGCAAACUGAAGCGCAAUACAAUUACAUACCGACGGUCAGGUGCGGGUGCGCGCGCCGUAGUUAUGGGUCAAAGUUUGGAGACUUCUGAACUAGCGCCAAUCAUUUUCUUAUUAUUUAGUGUAUUGUGUAUUUUCCCACUUAUCUACAGUACAAUAUGUUUCAAUAAAUAUCUCUAUUUUUACAAUAUUAAUUAUCUCUUUUAAUAUCGUUCUACUCUACAAUGGUAUUUUUAUUACAGCUGUAAUCCAAAGGCAUUGAUUGACGAUAAUACAUUAUUUUUGUAAACAUCGAGAAAGAUGUCUACCAAGUGAAAAAUAAAUACCUUGAUAUGUAAGUGACAUUCAAUAAGUAGUUACAUGUGUGUUAUCACAUUGGCUGUGUUUUGUGAUUUAGUUGUCUUGAUUUUCCGUUGAUGUACAUGUACAAUUACUUCCACAACCCUGGUCCUUUUGCCACAUGUGAAGAAAGACAUUUUUGGGGCUAUUUUCUCCAUAUUUUUAUGGUAUUUCCUAGAAAAGUACCCAGUAGACUAUUUUUCUUCUAUUUUCCAACGGAAAAACAACAACAAAUGUUAGGCUAAGGUGUGAACUGUUUAAAUGCGCAAUUAUUCGGUAGCUAUCCUUUUAUGUACUAAUUACGAUGAUGCAAUAUGUAUGUAUAAAUUGGCCAUUAUGUUGCUUAUAGUGAAAUAUACAAUUACAAAGUGUCUCAAUCACCUGUAAAAAUGAUUUGUGGAUCGCUUGAAUGUCUAAAAUAAAUAUAAAUAAAAUUUGUCUUGCAUUUAUAUGUUGCAAUAAAGAAACAAUGGAAAUAAUAAUAAUAAAAACAAUAGAUUUUAAUUGAA